AAGCGGGCAAUUGAGGUGAUUUCUGCCCUUUGCUGGCUUGGGGCUUAGGGCGUUUGGGGCAGUAAAGGAUAAUUUAAAACUCUGACCAAGCUUGCUCCCUCUCCCUCCUCUAGCCUCCUCUUUUACUUCUGGCUCUGUACACUUCUCCCUUAAACAGACUCGCUCCGCUCCAUCGUUGCGCUGAGUCGUCAAUGAGCGGGACCAACCCCUCCGCCUACCGAUCGGAGCGCAGUUUCCACCAAACGUCCUCCUCGUCUUCCUCUUCAUCGUCCACUUCCACAAACCCCUACAUGGAGAAGAGUCGGGGCAUGUUUGCGGAGGAUUUUGGGUCCUUCAUGCGCCCUCCCCUUGAGAACACACUGGGAUUCUCAGGUCGCUCCGGGACAGCAGGAAAUAUCAGGACCAUCGGAGACACGUACCAGUUCACGGUGGAUGUCCGUGACUUCUCCCCUGAAGAUGUAAUCGUCACAACUUCCAACAAUCAGAUUGAAGUCCACGCUGAGAAGCUGGCGGCAGAUGGAACGGUGAUGAACACAUUUACCCACAAGUGCCAGCUGCCGCAGGAUGUGGACCCCACCUCUGUGACGUCAUCCCUGGGGGGUGACGGAACCCUGACGGUCAAGGCUCGCAGACAUCCGGCGAAGCUGGAGCACGCUCAGACCUUCCGCACCGAAAUCAAGAUCUGAGACGCGCCCGGACGCUCCUCACGCACUCCCCACCUAGCCCUGCCAUUUACGCUGCCUCUGUCAGCUCUGUCCUCUGCAGGCGCCUCGCCACGCUCCUCCAGGCCCCUGCUCUUCAGCUGCUCUCUUCCCUUUUCCACGACUGCUCCUACAAAUCACGCCUUUCCUCAAGAUUCCUGAUAUUUAUUGAAAAGUGAACUGUACCCUCGCUAGUUAUAAUAAUUCAUUUUCACUUUUAACAGAAAACAUAUCAAAUGUCAUACUAUUUAUCCUGCCACCGCUGUUUUGCGGAACAGAAUUCAAAGAUUUUUGCAGGCAAACUGUUGAAAGAGUAACAUUUGUGUUGUCAAAUCCUUCGAAGAGGAUAAUACACAAGACAAUAUCCCCACUGAUUUGGAGCUGAUGUGCACAGCAUAGAGCACACACCUAAAGGCUUCUCUAGCAGGAGAAAAAACAUUGUGUGGAAGAAUCAAACUUUAUUUCAUUCUUCAACACCUGUUCAUUCUAAUUCAAUCAGAUGUGCACUUUUUUUAUGCACAUGCACACACACACACAGGUGCAUAUGCACACACACACACACACAGGCACACAUCACCGACCAGUCAAAACAUCCCUUAUUUGUAAAUAACUUAUUUUCAUGUGCUUAAGACAUUUGGGUAUUAUUUUAUAGACACAUACUGUAUUGUAAGACAGCAGAUGUAAUUACCCUACUUUAUCCC